AUGGCGAACUACAACAUCUUCCUUUUCUUGAUAGCUACCCUUUUCCAUCGAGGGGGCCUGGGACGAGCUGUCUCUGAUGAUAUAGGCACAUGCUCCGAGACACAGGAAUGUGUGUUAGGCUGUUGCUCUGAUGCUGGAUUUUGCGGUUUCGGGCCCAACUACUGUGGCGACAGUUGCAUAUCUAGUUGUGACGCAGCAGCUGAAUGUGGACAAUAUGCUGCCACACCCGGUACCAAGUGCCCGCUCAACGUUUGCUGUUCACAAUCUGGAUUAUGUGGAACAACCAAGGAAUUUUGCGGCGAAGGUUGCCAGAGUGGAUGCGAGGAGCCAGAGAUGCCAAGAUGUCGUCCUGCCGCAGCCCAAAAGCGCAUCGGGUACUACGAAUCCUGGACUAUGAACCGCAAGUGCAACGUGUGGGAGCCAUUCAUGAUCGACGCGACCAAGUGGACACAUCUCAACUAUGCUUUCGCCCUGAUCGACGAAUCUACGUAUGAGAUUGGUCAGAUGAAUUCGUUUGAUACCAAGCUUUAUGGUAAACUCACCGACCUGAAGUUCAAGAACCCUACGCUCAAGGUAUAUAUCAGCGUGGGAGGCUGGAGUGCUGGUGGCGCAGCCUUCUCGGCCAUGGCGUCCACGAAAGUCAACCGUGCUGCCUUUAUCCAGUCAACCACGAAGUUCAUAAAAACAUAUGUCUUUGACGGUGUCGACAUUAGUUGGCAGUAUCCUGCUGCCAAGGAUAGGGGAGGUGAGAAGGCUGAUUCAGAAAACUUUGUCACCUUCCUAUCAGAGCUACGAGAUGCCUUGGGUGACAACUAUGGUCUUACCGUGACACUACCGUCGUCUUAUUGGUAUCUCAAGGGGUUUGACAUUGCUAGGAUGGAACAGCAUGUGGAUUGGUUCAAUCUAAUGUCGCACGACAUGCAUGGCAAAUGGGAUGGCAAAAAUGAAUUCGUCCCUCCUGUCAUCCAAGCCCACGCUAAUGUGACGGAGAUCAAAGAGUCGCUCAACUUGCUGUGGCGAAACGGCAUCAACCCUAACAAGGUCGUUUUGGGUCUUGGCUUCUACGGGCGCUCUUUCACCCUGAAGGACACCACAUGCGCGGAGCCUGGCUGCCCGUUCUCCGGUGGCGGAGAUCCUGGCGAGUGCACAGAAACCGCCGGCAUCCUAUCAUUCCAUGAGAUUAGGGACAUCAUGAAAGAAAAGAACCUGAAACCAUUACUAGACGAAGAGGCGGCCGUAAAGUAUAUAUCCUGGGACGGCGACCAAUGGGUGUCAUAUGACGAUUCUCAAACUUUUGGUAUGAAGCUCGACUACGCGAAGAGCAGAUGCCUUGGUGGCAGUGCGGUCUGGGCCCUUGACUUAGACUCAGUUGGCUUAGAAGAAGGGAUCGACUCCACUCGACCCUUGCCCAGACGGUUUCUCUCCGCUUAUUUGGGCCCAUGGAAAGGUCUUUGA